AAAUUCUUUUGCAACUCGACUUGUAUGCUUGGGGUCAUUGUCUUGUUGAAACUGUUAACGGUUCCCAAGCAUUUUUCGAAUUUCAGGAAAGUGUUUCUCUAAGAUUUCCACAUAAAAUGGAUUGUUCAUAA